AUGGAGCCCUCGAUCAACGUGCUAGGACAACCCUUGCAGCCCUGUUCCACCCAACCCCUCACCGGCUUUUACAGAGACGGUUACUGCAACACCUCGCCCGCCGACGCAGGUUCUCACGUCUUGGCCGCUCAAGUCACGGAUGAUUUCUUGAAAUUCUCGGCUAGCAGAGGAAAUGAUCUUCGACCUAUCUUGAAGGAUGGCUGUAGGUGGUGUCUGUGUGCUAGUAGGUGGUUCGAGAGCGUCAAGGCUUUCAGGGAUGGACAAGUCGGGAGAGAAAGUGUUCCAAAGUGAGUAAGUGCCACUUGUAUUCGCCCAAAGGCCUCUCAAAAGGCAUGCAAUCUGCCCAACACUCGCCACGCGCGCCUAAAACGUCCCGCUGAUUCCCCUAGUUGCAUGCUACUUGCAUAGUGUCAUCAUCCCAGCAACGCACCAAACGGCGCUCAAGACCGUCUCCAUCGAUGAUCUGCGCGAGUUCAGCCUGGACAAUACUUCUUCAGGUGUGACGGGGGUGAACGGAGGACAUAGCAGCGGAAGCAAGAGCGAGCUUUGA